CCUCUGUCUCCCACCCACUGUGUUCUACGUCAGUGGCAGACAGCGGUGGUGGGCUAUAAAGGACCGGGGACUCUGAGGGGAGAGCAGUCACUUCCAGACCCAGACCAACACCUUCACUCCAGGACGGCCAAGAGAGAGAACGGAGUCCACCACCCAACGCCAGAUUGUACUUUUCUUCCAUCUCUUAAAAGAUAAUCUACCACAGAUCUGUGACCAGUGUUAGGGUAGGCUCUCUCUCUCUCCCUCUCUCGUCUCCACUUCCACGCUCAGGCUCCCCCUCCGUCCGCUCCGGUGGUGAGUCCGUGCGCUCGGCGUCUCCGUCAGCAUGCAGCUCAUGGUGGUCCUGGCGGCUCUCAUGGGGGUUCUGUUCAGCGUGAGGGCAGCGGCGCUGCUCCCCGUGGAGGAUCGGAGCAACUUCCACAGCAGCAGGGAGCUCAGCAAGGAGCGUAAGGAGCUGAUCCUGAAGCUGGUGUCGGGGCUCCUGGAGGGGUCCCCUGACUCCAACAUGCUUCCAGGGGAGCUGUCGGACAGCCUGCUGGAGCUGGAGGAGCCGCUGGAGUCCCGUCUGGAGGAGCGGGCCGUCUACAACCGGCUAUCGCUGCCCCAGCGUGACCGCAAAGCCCCGUGUAAAAACUUCUUCUGGAAGACCUUCACGUCCUGCUAACGACGUGCCCCCCGCCCCCACCUCCCCCCCCCCCGACCUCCUCCUCGACACGAAAGAAACCACACCUGUCUCUCAAUUCCUCAUCCUUCCGGAAAGAACGACCAAGUUCAGCAUAAACUGUAGUAUGAUCUCGGCUCUGCAUCUCACGGAUACGCGUCUCGUCUCAGUCUGGACUUCAGCCACACGGUUUAGUUUUUCAUUUCUUUGUUUCUCGGUUGCAAAUAUUCCUUAUUUAUUGAUCUGUUUAUUGUGUACAUUAUACGUAUUUAUGUGUGUGUUUAUUUAUUUUAGCGUCUAUAUUAAAGCAUGGAUAUGAUAUUUCAGAUGGUGAUGAAGAUGAUUUACUUUAAUCGCGUUAGGUUGCUGGUUUAAUCUUCUUUUUAAAGCGGUCAUGUUUUGCCUCCAUCUGCCUUAAAGUACUUGGCAUUGCCACGCGUGUAUGCCAAAAUUUAAACGAUUAAACUCAACUUAAUGUAUAAAUGUGUACUGAUAAAAUCAUCUGUGAGCAAAUGAAAAAUAAAACAUAAUAUGUUUGACAUUGUA